AUGGCCGUCGAUAAGAUUGGCGAUCACCCAAUCACACAGCCCGAAAAGGGCAAGAAGGACGACAAGAAGGAUGACAAGGGCGAGAAGAAUGGCCCUGGCAAGAUCACCAAGGUAAUUUCUAAUCUGAUUCAGUAUCUUGAGAGGCUAAUUCCCACGUACAUAGAAUCGCCACCGGUCCCGUGGAGUAACCUGCCAUCUCUGUGGCCAGAGGGGCCACAUUGCCCUCCGCUGCCCCGAUGCCUGGCUGGCCACCAUGGGCAUCCGCAUGCGCGGUUUGGUAUAUCGAAUUAUAAUCUAAAAUUAUUCUUUGAGGCUAACAUCAUACAGGGUCUUUCGUUUGACCAGGUGGUAUGUACGAGCAAUGUCAGAGUAUGA